ACUCUGCCUCCGAGGUGCCUGCGGAACAAGUUGUUUACUUAGCAGCCGGGCCAUGGCAGGGGCGCCUGGGAAGGCAGGAGGCUGCAGGAACCGGGGAGAGAAGCGCUGCCAAGGGAGGGAGCCUGGCCCAGCGCAUGGGUCCUGCCCGCUGACAACCACAGUUGGGGAUUUAGAAGCCGCCUGGAGCACCGCAGGGCCCGCCACUCCUCUCCGCUUUCAGUCUUCGCUGUCACCCCCAUUCCAGUUUGCCUCUCUUGUUUACGUUCACCCAGGGGCGUAACUAUAAUAGGGCAAGGGGAGACAGUUGUCUGGGGGCCCACUGCCUUAGGGGGGGCCCCCAGAGACAUGUCACAUAACUGACUCCCCCAGCCGUGCACCCGCCCGGGCUUCCUUCAGUUGUAUUCAUCCUCCGAAAGUGAUGACUGUAAAAGAAGGCUAACAUGCUGCCAGAGAAGGACCCCAAAAGACCAGGGGAGAAGGACCCCAAAGAAGAUCCAUCAGUCACUCUCUUCCGGGAAUAUCUGAGAAUCAAAACUGUCCAGCCAGAGCCUGAUUAUGGGGCAGCAGUGAAAUUCUUGGAGAGAAUAGCCUCUGAACUUGACCUGCCAUGUCAGAAAGUGGAGGUCUGCCCUGGCCGUGUGAUCACCAUUUUGACCUGGAAAGGGACAAACCCACAGCAGCGCUCCAUCUUACUGAAUUCCCAUACAGAUGUUGUACCUGUUUUUGAGGAAUACUGGCGCUACGAUCCCUUUGCAGCCUUCAAGGAUUCUGAGGGAAAUAUCUAUGCCCGGGGAGCCCAGGAUAUGAAAUGUGUCUCCAUCCAGUACAUAGAGGCCAUCCGGAGACUGAAAGCUGAAGGGAGACGCUUCCCUCGGACAAUUCAUAUGAGCUUUGUCCCAGACGAAGAGAUUGGGGGCCACAAAGGGAUGGAAAUGUUUGUGAAGCGACCCGAGUUUGCGACACUUGAUGUUGGCUUUGCUUUGGAUGAAGGCCUGGCAAACCCGACAGACACGUUCACUGUAUUCUAUGGUGAGAAAUGCCCAUGGUGGAUUAAAGUGAAAGUAGAAGGGAACCCAGGCCACGGAUCCAGAUUCAUUGAGAAUACAGCUGCUGAGAAGAUGCACAGAGUGAUCACUUCCUUGCUCGAGUUCAGAGAGCGUGAAAAACAAAGGUUGAAAUCGGAGAAGCACCUUACAUUAGGUGAUGUGACCUCCCUCAACUUGACCAUGUUGAAUGGGGGCAUCUCCUUCAACGUGGUCCCAUCUGAGAUGUCUGCAGCUUUUGACAUCCGCAUCCCACCCACAGUGGAUUUAAAGGCCUUUGAGGAGCAGCUCACAUCCUGGUGCCGGGCAGCUGGGGAAGGGGUUACUUACGAGUUCCACCAGAAAUACACGGAUCAGUCGGUGACCUCCACAGAGGACUCUGACCCCUGGUGGAAGGCGUUCAGUGGCACCUGCAGGGACAUGAACAUGAAGCUGAAGUGCGAGAUCUUUCCUGCUGCCACAGACAGCCGCUACAUCAGAGCAGCAGGUCACCCAGCGAUUGGCUUCUCGCCCAUGAACCGGACUCCUGUGCUGCUACACGACCACAAUGAAUUCCUGAAUGAGCAGGUCUUCCUCCGCGGGAUUGACAUCUACGCUCACCUCAUCGCUUCGUUGGCCAGUGUCCCUCAUCUACAAGCAGAGGCCUGAGGGGUAUUCCCUGUUGGUGGAGGGGCAUGACUGAUGGCUCUUCUCUCUUGCCACCUGAGAUCCUCCAGUGGAAGAUGAUGAUUCUGAACAGAGGAGGAAGGGAAGACUAGCAAAGAUAUUACAUGAUCCAGAAUGCAGAGAGGAAGCCAGACUGGGUGGAGCAAGAAGCAGUUAAUAUGGUCUUACUCCUCCUUUCUAAAGUGGCACGAGAGAAUUUUCACUUCUUGGGAUUCCACAGCAGAGGUGCUGGCUGCAAGCACACUGCCUUAGGUUUCUAGCAAACUGCGGUCUUAACAAAUCAUUACUGAGAAUGCCAAACAGAUCAGAGUUGAAUGAAUGGAAACUGCAAGUCAGGGCAAUUGCUCUUGACAGGCUGGGUGUGCAGCACCGUAGGGGAGUCAUUUCCCUUCUGGUUUGGGAAGUAAGGUUGUGUACAUGGUUACCCCAUCAGAUGGUUGGAGGAGGUUUGUCUUCCUGAUCCUUCAGCACUAUAGGUUGAUUUUCUUUGAUAAACUGGUAGCUUCCUGCAGCUGGAGAGCUAAUAACUACCAGCGGGGUAUCCAUGAGCCAUCAUCUCGGAGACCGUGUGCAUCAUCUCUUUUGACUGUCUCCAGCAACACCAGGAGUACUUCCUCUUUCUCCAUCACUCCCAGACCUGAGGCAAACUCUCAGACCCAACAGAUGAAGAGACUGUGUUGAGUAUUUGCUUCAUUUCUGGGCUUAGUAGCGGAGAGUAGAAGGGGCUUGCUUGUCCCAAAGAGUUUCCUUCCUGUAAGGGGAGGGAAGAGGCUUCAUAUGGGCCACUGGCGGCCACACCAUUAACCAAGCUCAGGAAGAGGUUUUCGAGUAGCCUUGUGCUCACCACCCCACAGAUCGCAUGAAUGGCUUCUGACCUGAUUUCAUUUUCAGAACAUCUGCCAAAGCCUCCGGCUCUUUUGUCUGUCUCCACAUUGUCUGUGAUUUCACUAAAUAAAAUUGUUCAUUUGGAAUGGAAAA